GGGAGCGGACUGAGACGGCAGCGGGUAAAUCAACAACCCCAUUGCGGGUCCCCUCAAAAGAGAUUAAAGUUCAGUUCGGGCCUCAAAAGAGCUCCGGGAAAACAAUGAAUCUGUUUCUGGAGCUUCUCCUGUUCCUGGUCACGCUGCUCUACUCCUACCUGGAGGCUUUUGUGAAGCUCUUCGUGCCUGUGAGGAAGAAGUCUCUCAGCGGGGAGCUGGUGCUCAUCACGGGCGCUGGCCAUGGCGUCGGGAGAGCGACCGCCUUGGAGUUCGCCAAGCGCCAGAGCAGACUGGUUCUGUGGGACAUCAAUAAGCACGGCAUUGAGGAGACGGCAGCAGAAUGCCAGAAGCUGGGAGCCACCGUUCAAACCUUCGUGGUGGAUUGCAGCAAACGGGAGGAGAUCUACAGCGCUGCAGACAAGGUGAAGAAGGAUAUUGGGGAUGUGACUAUCCUGGUGAACAACGCUGGUGUGAUUACAGCUGCCGACUUUCUGUCGACUCAGGACCACCAAAUAGAAAGGAUGUUUGAAGUCAACAUUCUGGGUCACAUGUGGACCACGAGAGCUUUCCUGCCAGUCAUGAUGGACAACAACUAUGGGCACAUUGUCACGGUGGCUUCAGCAGCAGGUCAUUUUGUGACUCCUUUCAUGGUGACAUAUUGCUCAAGCAAGUUUGCUGCAGUUGGAUUUCAUAAAGCUCUGACAGAGGAGCUGUCUGCCCUGGGAAAGGAUGGAAUAAAAACAACGUGCCUUUGUCCGGUUUUUAUAAACACUGGAUUUGUCAAAAACCCCCGUACAAGACUUGGAAAGAUUUUCGAGAUUGAAGAAGUCGUAGAGGCUUUGAUGGAAGGAAUAGUGACCAACCAGAAAAUGGUUUUCGUUCCACCACAGCUAAACUUUGCUUUGCUUUCUGAAAUGGUGUUUCCAGAACGUGCCCUGAACCUUCUGAAGAAGAUGACCAUUCCAAAGUUUGAUGCAGUCAUUGGGCAGAGAAGCCCCCAGUGAAAAGCAAGAAUUGAUUCUCAUUUCCCAGAGGCACCAGUGAAAAGAGAACAUGUGCUGAGCAUAGUUCAGCUGGCUUGAUUCAGAACAGAGCUCAGGCAGGUGCUUCCAGGCCACCAUUCCCAGGCACACCUAAGGGCUCAUCCCACACCUGCAGCUGGAACACACCUGCAUAACAGGGAGUGUUAGCAAAGCAGUGAUGCAGCUCCAGAAGGGCUGCUUUUAAUGUACAUCCCAUCACUUUUGUCUCAUUGUGCUGAGGCAGGCAGGAUGCUCACAAAACCCGUGUUUGCCCACAGCUCCCCAGUUGACUGUAAAUGGAUUGCCUGACAACAUGUUCAUCUGGACUCAUCCCUGAGCAAAAGCAUCUUGCAAGAAGCAAUUUAUAGAGGAGGUGGGUGGCCUGUUUCAUCUCUCUUAAUAAUUUUAAGUUUACAAAAAUGUGCUCUAAUGAACACUUAUGGUUUCGUGUGCGAUUGUAAUGAGCAUAAUUGAAUUAAUUAUUUGUAUUAUUAAUUAUAUGUAAUUAUUUAAAUUAUUAAUUAUAUGUGAUUAUUGAAAUAAUACAGCCUUGUUUGUAAUGUAAUGCCUAAUUACAACAUUUAUCAAUUAUGCAUUAGCACCACCAACACUCCAUAGUACAAAUAAAUACAUUUUUCUAACCCAAA